AUGACGAGGGCAGACAAAGAGAGAGAAAUCGAAGAAGAAAGGGAACGCGAAAGAAGAGGAUUCCUAAAUAAAGCCAUAAAUAAAGUCAGCAAGAAACUAUUACUGCGACAGAAAUCAUCCAAGAAAACUUCUACAUCUGAUGAGUACGCACAAUCUUCCACAAUAUUUGAUGCCACAGAGGAAAUACCGAAUCCGGUGGAGUCAGGAGGUAGUAUGCAAUUAUCAAGAAUCUCAGAGGAAGCAUCUACAAUUGAUGGUGAAUCAAUACUAUUUUCCGAACCUCCAAGACCUCAGCGCAAAAUUAUGUCCAUAGUAGUCGGGGUGUUUGUUGCUGUAGGUGGUUUUCUCUUCGGUUAUGAUACAGGACUGAUCAAUAGUAUUACUGAGAUGGACUACGUCCUGACUCACCUAACACCAAACCAUAGAGAAUUUACCACGGAGCAACUAUCCAUCACAGUUUCCUUUUUAUCCCUGGGUACCUUCUUUGGUGCAUUGACAGCUCCUGUCUUUGCAGAUAAUUAUGGGCGAAAAGUGACAAUUAUGAUAAGUACAUUAAUUAUCUUUUCUGUCGGGAAUUCAUUACAAGUGGCAGCAAAUGGGAUUGUAUUAUUAAUUGUUGGAAGAGUCAUAUCCGGUUUUGGGAUUGGUAUUAUCUCCGCCGUUGUUCCAUUAUACCAGGCAGAAGCUGCCCAUAAAUCAUUAAGAGGGGCCAUUAUUUCCACAUAUCAAUGGGCUAUUACUUGGGGAUUAUUAGUCUCUAGUGCCGUUGCACAAGGUACGCAUAAUAGACAUGGUGCAUCAUCGUAUCGAAUACCCAUUGGGUUACAAUAUAUUUGGUCGUUUAUUCUUGCCUUUGGGAUGAUUUUCUUACCAGAAAGUCCGCGUUAUUAUGUGUUGAAGGACCAAUUGGAUAAAGCUGCAGAAUCAUUAUCAUUUUUAAGAAGAGUUCCUAUCCAAGAUUCAGGGCUAUUAGAAGAGUUAGUUGAGAUCAAGGCAACAUAUGAUUAUGAAUGCUCCUUUGGCUCCACGCAUUUUUGGGAUUGUUUUAUCUCAAGUAAGACAAGACCUAAGCAAAAGUUACGAAUGUUUACUGGUAUUGCCAUUCAAGCGUUUCAACAAUUUUCUGGGAUCAAUUUUAUAUUCUAUUAUGGGGUCAAUUUUUUCAAUAAAACUGGUGUGGAUAAUAGUUAUUUGGUUUCAUUUAUCACAUAUGCAGUUAACGUUAUUUUUAAUAUUCCAGGGAUGGUACUUGUGGAAUUUAUAGGUAGACGGAAAGUGCUGUUGAUUGGCGGUAUCUUGAUGCUAAUGUCAAAUUUUAUCGUUGCCAUUGUCGGGUCCACCGUAGAAUCGGUAGUGGCAGACAAGGUGAUGAUUGCCUUUAUCUGUUUGUUUAUUGCAUCCUUUUCAGCCACAUGGGGUGGUGUAGUUUGGGUUAUUUCUGCAGAAUUAUAUCCAUUGGGUGUUCGAUCCAAGUGUACAGCUAUUUGUGCCGCUGCUAAUUGGCUUGUUAACUUUAUUUGUUGUUUGAUCACUCCCUACAUUGUGGAUACAGGUUCACAUACGUCAUCAAUGGGGACUAAAAUAUAUUAUAUUUGGGGUAGUUUGAAUGUCCUUGGUGUCAUUGUGGUUUAUUUCACAGUCUACGAAACGAAGGGGUUGACAUUGGAACAAAUAGAUGAACUAUACAGCAGGGCAUCCAACAGUAUUAACUCCACUAAAUGGAACUCUAGAAUUAAAAAGCAAUCUCUAAGUUUAAUCGAAGAACAAGCUCAAAGGAUGAAUCAUCCACAAAGACCAACCUGUUCAUGUGAUAAGAAUCAAACAAAUACCAUCACGAAUAUGAUCAAUGAAAGUACAGACAGACCUGUAGAUGUGACUGAACAGUAUGAUGCUAACAUAAUACCUCAAGUUGGACCUUCGAUGACCUCAACAAUAAAUCACACACAAUUUAUGCCUAAUAUAAAUCAACUUCCAUUAACUCAUCCAAACGAUGAAGCAAUAGCUCUGGAGACGAACUAUGUUGAUCUUGGAAAUGGUUUAGGUUUAAAUACAUAUAAGAGAGGACCACCAUCGAUUUCUACAGGCUCAAGUGAUAAUGAUCAAGAAGGUGAUCGUUCUCAACAAUGGAGUGACGAUAGACAACAUAUGGAUCGCCUCAAUGAUUACAUGGCACAGCUAAUCCAAAGUGACUCUAAUACAACAAGCACCACUAUUUCCACAUCGGUUAGGAACCGUAACUUUGGUUCAAUCAACGACCAUCUCCAUCAGCAUCACCAUAACAGUAGUAUCAAUACAAAUCAAGUAUCAACUUUUUCGAAUCGUGUCUCUCAUGGUAGAACAGGAUCGACAGGAUCUGAAUUUGGUGAUAAUUAUGUUGAUCUAGGGAAUGGGCUAGGUUUGAACACAUAUAAUAGAGGUCCCCCUUCGAUACUAAUGGGCUCAUCAGAAGAUGAAUCUGACCUCAACGAUGAGAAUGAACAAAAUGGAAAUAAUUAUCUGAAUCAUUCCCCCAUUGCAAACACCAACGAGACGGACUCCGCAGAAUCAAAUGCAUUCGAAAUGAUAUAUUUGAGAAGUGCACCCAAUACCCACAACGAGCAUAAUGAGCAAACUCCAACUAACGAUAACUAG